AUGGCGGACCAAAAUAUCUCGCAGUAUAAGUACUCGGCGAUGUCCAACCUGGUUCUCCAGGCGGACCGUCGUUUCAUCAGUCGCGUCAAUGACGAACCUACCGGAGACCCUGAGUCCAUCGCUGGCCGGAUCGGAAUCAGAGAGAUGGGCUCCCGGAUAGCGCGCGACAAUGCCCCCAAGUCUAAGAAGAAGCCAGUCGGCCCAUCAGAUCUCGAACGAGGCGCGAUUCGUGAAGGCGAGGAUGUAUUGAUGCGGGAACAAAAGAAACGUCAACGCGGCCAGCCUGCACAACUACGAGGACAGGGUAUCCUUUCCGCCGCCGACGCUCUCGUUGAGGGCUUGAAAUAUCGCCCACGAACCCCCGCCACACGAGCCACUUACGACCUUAUUCUCACAAUCACCGGAAGUCACCUGGGCGAUGUCCCCCACGAAGUCGCCCGAAGUGCCGCCGACGCCGUUCUCGAGCUGCUGAAGGAUGAGGAGAUGAAGGAUUUCGAUAAAAAGAAGGAAGUCGACGAUCUUCUCGGCAGCGCCAUGAAUCCCAAGGAAUUCAACGAGCUGAUGAAUCUGGGUAAGAAAAUCACCGACUACGACGCUCAGGAUGACGACGAGGACAUGGAUGGUGGUAUCGCCGAAGAAGAAGCCGAACUUGAUGAACGCCAAGGUGUCGCCGUGGUUUUCGACGAAGACGAGGACAACGAUGGUAUGGGCACUGUCGAUGAGAUCCGCGAUGAGGAUUCCGACGAGGAUGAGGAGGAUGACCAAGAUGAACUCAACAAUGAUCAAACUGCCCAAGCAACGGGUGAAGACGAUGGGAUGGUCAUUGAUGGUGGUCUCGGACAAGAUGAUAAGGCUGGAGCCAAGACAGGGCUGGGUGUUUCCGCUCGUGAGAUAGACGCUUACUGGUUGCAGCGCCAAAUCGGUGAUAUAUACGCAGAUGCACACAUCCAACAGGAAAAGACCCAAGAGGCCCUUGAAGUUCUUGGUGGUCAAUCCGAGGAUGGAUCCGAGCGCCCGCUUCGUGAUGUUGAAAACGACCUGAUGGACCUGUUCGACUACGAUCAUCCCGAGCUGGUAGCUAGACUGGUCACCAACCGUGACAAGGUAGUUUGGGUCACUCGCUGGAGGCGCGUCGCUGAAGAUGCCGAUGCGCGCAACCUUGUGGAAAGCGAGAUGGUUGAGGCUGGACACCGGGCUAUUCUGGACGAGAUUCGCGGCAAGGUCGGCCCCGAUGAUCUCGCCCCGUCAGGCAAUAAGAUGAAACUCGAUCUUAUGGAUGUCGAUGUUCCCUCAGCCGCUGAGCCCGAGCAGAAGGUCGCUGGUGAGAAUGGCCUGGUUGGCGGUUUGCAGCCAAAGAGAACGAUCAACCUCGAGAACUUGGUCUUCCACCAAGGAAACCAUCUCAUGACGAACCCCAAUGUCAGACUGCCUCAAGGUUCAACGAAGCGCUCAUUCAAGGGAUACGAAGAAAUCCACGUCCCCCCUCCCAAGGCGACCAAGCUGCCCGGUGAGAAGAAUAUUCCCGCCACCGAGCUACCUGAGUGGGCUCGUCCCGGUUUUGGAAGCGCCAAGGAGCUCAAUCGUAUUCAAAGCAGGUGCUAUCCCACAGCUUUCCAUGACGAUGGCAACAUGCUUGUCUGUGCUCCUACUGGUUCCGGAAAGACGAACGUUGCUAUGCUCACCAUCCUCCGCGAGAUUGGCAAGAACCGCAACCCCGAAACCGGGGAGAUCAUGCUGGAUGACUUCAAGAUCAUUUACAUUUCUCCCCUGAAAGCCCUGGUCCAGGAACAGGUCGCAAACCUGGGCAAACGUCUGGAGCCCUAUGGCAUUCGCGUAUCAGAACUCACUGGUGAUCGUCAGCUCACGAAACAGCAAAUUGCCGACACCCAGAUUAUUGUCACCACUCCUGAGAAGUUCGAUGUUAUCACACGUAAGGCAUCGGAAACCAGCUAUACAAACCUUGUUCGCCUGGUGGUCAUUGAUGAGAUUCACUUGCUCCACGAUGACCGUGGACCUGUCAUCGAGAGUAUCGUCAGCCGUACUAUUCGCCGCGUCGAGCAGACUGGUGACCCCGUCCGCAUUGUUGGUCUCAGUGCUACCCUUCCCAACUACCGUGAUGUUGCGAGUUUCCUUCGUGCGGACCCCGAGAAGGGCGUGUUCCACUUUGAUGGCUCAUAUCGACCUUGUCCAUUGAAGCAAGAAUUCAUUGGUGUGACCGACAAGAAAGCCAUCAAACAGCUCAAGACUAUGAAUGAUAUUUGCUACACCAAGGUCAUGGAGCAGGUUGGUCAAAAACGCAACCAGAUGCUUAUUUUCGUUCACUCGCGAAAAGAGACUGCGAAGACUGCCAAGUAUAUUCGCGAUAAGGCUGUCGAGAUGGAGACUAUCGGUCAAAUUCUACGCAGCGAUGCUGCUAGUCGUGCAAUUCUUUCCGAAGAGGCGGAGUCCGUUGACGAUGCGGGCUUGAAGGACCUUUUACCUUACGGCCUGGGAAUUCACCAUGCUGGUCUCAGUCUCGCGGAUCGUGACUCUGUGCAAGCGCUAUUCGCCGACGGUAGUAUCCAAGUUCUCGUUUGUACUGCCACCCUGGCUUGGGGUGUCAACCUGCCGGCCCACACUGUCAUCAUCAAGGGAACUCAAGUCUACUCCCCAGAAAAGGGUAGCUGGGUUGAACUCAGCCCCCAGGAUGUUCUGCAAAUGCUUGGCCGUGCUGGUCGACCGCAGUAUGAUACCUUUGGUGAAGGUAUUAUCAUUACGACUCAAGCCGAGAUGCAGUACUAUCUCUCGCUUCUCAACCAACAGUUACCAAUUGAAUCCCAAUUGAUCAGCAAGCUUGCAGACAACAUGAACGCUGAGAUUGUCCUUGGCAAUAUUCGCAACCGGGACGAAGGUGUUGAAUGGCUCGGCUACACCUAUCUCUAUGUCCGUAUGCUUCGCUCGCCGGGUCUCUACAGCGUGGGUGCCGACUACGACAAUGAUGAUGCUCUGGAACAAAAGCGAGUCGAUCUGAUCCACUCUGCCGCCAACAUCCUCGAAAAAGCGGGUCUUGUCAAGUAUGAGAAGCAGACUGGCCGUCUCCAAGCUACUGAGCUGGGUCGAAUCGCUUCUCAUUAUUAUAUUGGCCACAACUCGAUGCUUACCUACGCUCAACAUCUCCAGCCUUCAAUUACUACCAUUGAGCUGUUCCGUAUUUUUGCUCUUAGUGAUGAGUUCAAGUACAUUCCCGUCCGUCAGGAUGAGAAGUUGGAGCUGGGCAAGCUCCUGGGCCGAGUCCCCGUGCCUGUCAAGGAGUCCAUCGAGGAACCACAUGCGAAGAUCAAUGUUUUGCUCCAGGCCUACAUCUCGCGUCUCAAGUUGGAUGGUCUUGCACUGAUGGCAGAUAUGGUGUACGUCACCCAAUCUGCUGGUCGUAUUAUUCGUGCUCUUUUCGAGAUCUGCUUGAAGAAGGGCUGGUCCUCGGUUGCGAAGACUGCCCUUGACCUUUGCAAAAUGGCCGAAAAGCGUAUGUGGCCGACAAUGUCCCCUCUACGACAAUUCCAUCAUUGCCCGAGGGAUAUUCUCCAAAAGGCCGAGCGUAUCGAUGUCCCCUGGGCUAGCUACUUCGACCUCGAUCCCCCGCGCAUGGGCGAGCUUUUGGGUAUGCCCAAGGCUGGACGUGUCGUGUGUGACCUGGUUUCCAAGUUCCCCCGCCUCGAAGUUCAGGCUCAGGUCCAGCCGAUCACCCGCUCCAUGCUACGCGUCGAGUUGACCAUUACCCCGAACUUUGUCUGGGACGACGCUGUUCAUGGCAACGCUCAGGAUUUCUGGAUCUUAGUUGAGGACUGUGACGGUGAAGAAAUCCUGCACCAUGAUCGCUUCCUUUUGCGUGCUGAUUUUGCUAAGUCGGAAAUGAAUGAGCACCUGGUCGAAUUCACCGUCCCGAUCACUGAGCCCAUGCCGCCUAACUACUUCAUCUCUUUGGUCUCUGAUCGUUGGAUGCACUCUGAAACCAAGAUUGCCGUUUCUUUCCAAAAGUUGAUCCUUCCCGAGCGCUUCCCUCCUCACACUCCUUUGCUUGACAUGCAGCGGGCUCCUGUCAAGGCCUUGAAGCGUCCUGAAUACCAAAAGCUUUACCCUGAAUGGGAGAACUUCAACAAGAUUCAGACACAAGUCUUCCAGUCUGUCUACAAUUCGAAUGACAAUGUCUUCAUCGGCGCUCCCACCGGAAGCGGCAAGACUGUUUGCGCCGAGCUUGCACUACUCCGCCACUGGUCUAACGAAGAAAGUGGCCGUGCUGUUUACAUUGCUCCAUUCCAGGAGCUUGUUGAUCUGCGCCUUGCGGACUGGCAGAAGCGACUUGGUGGCCUUGCGGGUGGCAAAACCAUCAUUAAACUCACCGGCGAGACUACGGCUGAUUUGAAGCUCCUUGAGCGCGCUGACCUUGUUCUUGCCACUCCUAGCCAAUGGGACGUACUCUCCCGUCAGUGGCAGAGACGCAAGAAUGUCCAGACUGUGCAGCUUUUCAUUGCUGAUGAGCUUCACAUGUUGGGUGGCUUCGGUGGAUAUGUUUAUGAGGUCGUGGUUUCGCGUAUGCACUAUAUUGCUCUUCAGACCGAGAAUGAGAUGCGCAUUCUUGGCCUGAGUGUACCUCUCUCCAAUGCUCGCGAUAUUGGCGAGUGGAUCGGCGCGAACAAGCACACCAUCUUCAACUUCAGCCCCCAUGCUCGACCGGUACCUCUGGAGUUGCACAUCCAGUCAUUUACCAUCCCUCACUUCCCCUCUUUGAUGCUUUCGAUGGCCCGCCCCGCCUACCAGUCCAUUCUGCAGCUCUCUGCCGAUAAGCCUGCCCUGGUCUUCGUCCCCAGCCGUAAGCAAACCCGUGCCACCGCCAUGGAUCUGCUGGCCGCAUGUGCCAUGGAUGAUGACGAGGAUCGCUUCCUGAACGCCGAUGCUGAAGAGCUCGCUCCUCUUCUCGCACGUGUCCAAGAACAAACUCUGGCCACCUCGCUGACCCAUGGUAUCGGCUACUACCACGAAGCUCUGAGUGCCACUGACAAGCGCAUUGUCUCGCACUUGUUCACCAUCGGUGCUAUUCAGGUUCUGCUUGCUUCGCGAGAGGUCUGCUGGGAAUUGGAUCUCACCGCCCACCUGGUCAUUGUCAUGAACACCCAGUUCUUCGAUGGUCGUGAGCACCGUUAUAUCGACUACCCCAUCAGCGAGAUUCUCCAGAUGUUCGGCAAGGCUUCCCGCCCAGGCCAGGACAAGAUUGGCCGAGGUGUUCUGAUGGUUCCCGCUGUCAAACGCGAAUACUACAAGAAGUUCCUCAACGAGGCACUCCCAGUCGAGAGUCACCUUCAGGUCUACCUCCACGACGCGUUUGUCACCGAAGCCAGCACAAGGACAGUCUCCUCAACCCAGGACGCGGUUGACUGGAUGACAUACACCUACUUCUACCGCCGUCUUCUGGCAAACCCUAGUUUCUACGGUCUGGCCGACGUUAGCCACGAGGGUCUCAGCACUUUCCUGUCGGAACUUGUUGAGAACACUCUCAAGGAACUAUCGGAGGCUAAGAUCAUUGACCUGGAUGAGGAGGAUGACACUGUUUCUCCUCUCAACGCUGCUAUGAUUAGUGCCUACUACAACAUCUCGUUCAUCACCAUGCAGACUUUCCUUCUGUCGCUAUCCUCACGGACGAAGCUUAAGGGUAUCCUGGAGAUUGUCACUUCUGCCACCGAAUUCGAGUCUGUCCAGAUGCGCCGUCACGAAGAUCACAUCCUCCGCCGAGUCUACGAUCGUGUGCCCGUCAAGAUGUCGCAGCCUGCUUUCGAUUCCCCGCAUUUCAAAGCUUUCGUCUUGCUUCAAGCCCAUUUCUCGCGUAUGCAACUGCCUCUUGAUCUAGCCAAGGACCAGGAAGAUAUCAUCCGCAAAGUUCUCACCCUGCUUAGCGCCUGUGUGGAUGUGCUUUCCUCAGAGGGUCACAUCAACGCCAUGAAUGCCAUGGAGCUUUCGCAGAUGGUGGUUCAAGCCAUGUGGGACCGUGAUAGCCCCCUGAAGCAGAUCCCUCAUUUCUCCCCCGAGGUCAUUCAGGUUGCCAACGAAUACAAGUAUGUGUUAAUCCCCAAACCCGCUGAUAAUGAACGGCCAGUUACUAAUAUCUAUACCUGCAGGAUCAAUGACAUUUUUGAAUUCAUGGAAGCUAUGGACCCCUCAGAGAACAAGGACUACGCCACCUUGGUCAAGCGACUUGGUCUUAACAACAAGCAACUGGCCCAGGCCGCUGGCUUCACCAACGAGAAGUACCCCAACAUCGAGCUGGACUUUGAGGUUGAGGAUCCCGAGAGUAUCACUUCCGGCGAGCCUGCCUACCUUAAGGUGAAGAUCGAGCGGGAGGUCGAAGAGGACGGGGAACCCGAUACCCUUGUUCACGCGCCCUUCUACCCCAGCCAGAAGAUGGAGAACUGGUGGUUGGUGGUCGGCGACGAGAAGACCAAGAACCUCCUGGCCAUUAAGCGUGUUACUAUCGGUCGCAAACUAGAGCUCCGUUUGGAAUAUGUUGUGCCCACUCCUGGAGAGCACGAUCUGACCCUCUACUUGAUGAGUGACAGUUAUGUCGGUGUGGAUCAAGCCCCCACGUUCAGCGUGACCGCGGCCGAAGGAAUGGAUGAGGACGAGAGUGAAGAGGAAGAGGAAGAGUAG